AGUUGAUAGAAUGACCGUUUUCAGCUGCGCUGAUGGUGUGCAUGUAUGGGGGGAGGAUUGCUUCUGUUCUGUGCGCAAUCCCCACCGUUCCCUGAAAAUUCAUGGAGCGGAGGGGAAAGGGCACCUUCCAGAGUCCCUCCAGUCGAUUUAGAAUAGUGGUGUAAGUCAAGAUGGAUGCUUCAUUUGCUCCAUAAAAUGCGAGUAUGGAUUUCCCCGCGUGAUUUCCCUUCCAACUGCCGCGAACGAAGGCACAAGAAAUUUCAAACAUCUCCACAUUUUUAAUCCCAAAAAUUAUGACAGUGUUAGCGCAUGAUUAUAUCGUGAUUAAUAUGUGGAGUUAUGACUGAUAAAUCUGCCAGUGAAAUACACUCGUACUACAAUGGUGGAUAACAAUUGCAUUAUCGAGGGGAAUGUCAAAUUCCGGGACGGCAAGAAAUGGAAGUCACGGUGGUGCGUCAUGCGAAAACUGUCGCCAGUCGCAGACUGUCUACAUCUGCAACUGUACGGAGACAGCAAGGACAGAUACAAGCAGGGGCAGACUAAGGCAUCUUUGAGCUUGCAGCACUUUUUGGGAAUUGAAAGUGGCUUGACGCUGGAUAAAGAGUCUAAUACAGUCGCAAUCAUUUGUCAGGAUUUAAUCGUUGUUUUGGCUUUCGACACGAGGGAGAGAUUGAUACAGUGGCAGGUCAAAAUCUCAAGUAAUCUGGGGGAAGAUCAACAGUUUCUAGUGCUGAUAUCAACAGCCCCAGCGAAAGCUAAAGUAACAACGGGCCCAGCCCACUUGCACAUCCAGGAUGGCCGUUUCUGCAUAACAGUGGGUGUUCCCCCGCGUUUAAUCGGCGUCUGGGAGAUAGCCCACCUCCGUCGUUAUGGGGUAGUAGAAGGACGAUUUUGUUUUGAAGGUGGAUCACGAUGUGGUCGUGGUGAAGGGUUGCACGUGCUCAUAACAGAUCAGGGUGACGAUAUAGUGAGGAGCCUGCAGCUGGCGGCUGAGGGUAAGCUAUCAUCCCGUAAGCGCCCGUUGGCACGUGAAUUAUCAAUCCAGGACAGCCCGAGACGCCAGUUCUCACGGAGUGAUACACGUGCCAGUGAUUUUUUCCCCCCAACUGUUUACUCAACCUCGACAUACAAAGAGGACAUAGAAAUUCCAAAAACCGAGACUUCGCCUUGUUGGUCGUCGACUGAGAGCCGUCACAAUGGCGAAUUGGACGGUGACUAUUCGUGCCGUGAGGUGGGAGGUUCUACAAAUGAGUUAGUCGAUAAGAGUGAAGCACCCGAAUGGCGAAGUACCUUGCCAAGGCAGCACAAUUCAGUGCUAGAGCGCUGUGCAAGCUGUAUAAGUAAACUCGGUGCUGUCUCCAAGACAUCAGCAUUCGUCAGCCCCUCAGGCGGCUCCAUCAAUCCCCCCAAGGGCUUCGACAGGCUCUCCUUAUCGUCAUACAGCACGAGUAGCCACGACAGUGACUACUCAGCAUUUCCGGGAGCAAUAACCGAUACCGCGAUCCCUAAAAAUGACGAUAGCCCCCAGCAAUUGAGCCCCAAGGACACGGUAGAUCUUCCCCUUCCACCACGAGUGCCACCCAGCCAACGGGUGAAUAAGCCGAAAAAACCACCGAUGCCAUUACCGGAAAAAAUCUGUACAUGCAGUACUGCCAACACCCAUCAACCCCGCAAGCCCGACCCCUACGAGAAUUAUGACAUACCCCGAACAAUUCUCGCUCAUCACAUGUCCCUCGAGCCACCCCAGAGCCAGGAUCAGUACUACGAUACUCCACGAAAGAUAAAGGAGUGCCUUGCGUUACCAAAGAAUCAAAAUAAUUAUCCAAAUUACGAUACGCCUUAUAAUGCACAAGCCGUUGUACUUCAACAAUGUGGUUGUCCCAAUAAGUUACCAGCCCAGUCACCGAGAUCAGUAUGUCCCUGUCACAAUGUCAUGAGCUGGGCUGGCUUUGUUCUGCCAUACUGUCGGCGUGGCGCUGGAAUAGAGUCGACAGGAGUGACAGUGCAUCCGAUAAAACUAUCUGGCCAGGGAAAAAUGCCGGUUGUCAAUGCCAGCGGGGAAGUGGCAAUUUUUCCCCUGUCAACGAAGAACUCUCUGGGAAAGACCGAAACGGAUAAAUCCGCUGGUAAUAAUUACGAGAACCUCUCGCCGGUCAUCGAGAAACAGCCGGAAUUGAAGGCCAUCAACUACGUGAACAUCGACUUCAGUGAGUCGUUGGAGCAUUACGAAAAUAGCCGGGAUGUUAUUACGAAGAGUGGGAUCACACAGGAGGAGAUUCGAGAGAUCGCUUGUGAGCUCAAGUCUGAUGGGGAGGAUGAUAAGUCGGGAGGUGAUGAGAAGUUCAAGGCUCCUGAGGAGAUCUGCAAUAAGUGUGGUCACGCGAAGGAGAACUCGCCCGACUAUCUCCUCAUGGACCCAGACAAGCAGUUGAUCAAGAAGACGUUCUCGAGCUAUCUUCCGAUGCAGCCGGCUCACAACCACUGCUCGAAGGAAGUUCUCUCGCGCAUCUACAAUGGUACAAAGUCCUCGAGUAAUCCGACCUUGUUCGGUCCAACGACGAGCGAAUUGGGGAGUAGCAGAAAGCGUUCUGACUCGGAAUUGAGAAUCCCAGGAUCGGCAAUGCUGUCUAGCCCCUACCUGAGGCGUCGGCUGAUCGAUCCGACUCAGGCCAUCGAGUCCAGCGCCAGUUUGGAGAUACUCUGGAGGAAACGAUCGUAUUCAGCUGAGUCGACACAUUAUCAGACGCCGGAGGACUCGAGCCAGGGCUUCUCAUCGGCCUUGGAGAUUCACAAGUGUCCGAGCGAGACGAACAAAGUCGUCGCUAAGAACGAAGAGAGUUCAGUAGCCUCUCAGCCGUUCUCCAUCAAGAUCAGAAGGUCAUCGUCAGUUCCCUCGAAAACCGGUCAUAAUCGGGAUUCCUCCAGCAGCAAUGACUCGGGAGUUUCCACUGGAUCUCUCAGCCAUCGUAACGCUGAGUUUGUGGAGUUUGAGUUGUCCCUCGCCCCCAUCAAUUCGGCUAGGAAGCAAAAUAUUCUCACAGUCUGCAGGAAGAGCCCUCCCCCGAUCUGCUAUCACAGCAGUCUCCCGCGGAAGUCCAAGUCCAGUGAUCCUCUGAGGGAGCUGUCCUUCCAAUUUCAAAAGAUCCAGGUGCCGACAAAAUCGUCAUCAGCGGAAGGAGAAAUACCCGGGUGUCUACCGAAGACUGCGGCCAAGGGCUUCAGCAGUCCUGGGGAAACGUCUGGGACGCCUUACAUCGAUUCGCGGAGCACUAGCAGCGGUACGUCCGAUAUGUCUGAUUACAUUGAGACACUCUCUCUGUCUUCACAUUCGUCGUCGGACGCACCGGACAGCCUCAGGGGACAGGGUGGGCGGGCGGUCACCACGACUUUGAGACCGAGGAGCGGAAAGGAGUACUAUAAGAUUGAUCGAGCCAUACUCAAUGACCAAGCUAGGUCCAGCAAUGCACAGCAGAACUAUCCGAACAUCACUCCAGUCAUGGAGAAGAGUGAGUCACCCUCCCCUGGGUACAUGAGCUCUUCUCCGUUUGAACAGCCGCAGACCUCGAGGCAACGAUUUUUAUUCCCUGAGGUGAGUGAUAUUUGAAUUGACGCGGGUUCUGGCGAUAGUUCGGAGGGGAUGGGUGAAACACGGUGAGGGUUUUCAUGCGGGGGGACGUCUCGUGCUCCGUGAACAUCGUUCUGGAAAGGUCAGGAUGCAUUUCGCAGAUUGCGGAAAUGCCUCGAUAAUGAAAAAAAUGAGGAAUUUGAUAUGAUACUUCUUACGGCUUUGAUAAGUUAAGACCGUUUGCAUAUACGAAAAAGUCUGUAGGAUUUCCUAUGGGGUUUUCAUUAGGAUGGGAAAUCUGGGAGAAAUCUGAUUGCAUUUCCUCUAUAAUAUUUAUUACAGAAUUUUCCACAGGAAAUUUUAUAGAGAAUUCCAAUAUUCCCCAUUGAUACAAGAUUUCCAUCUAGGAAACUCCCACAGGUUGUUCUAUAGAUAAUUCUGUAGGCCAUUCUGUAGAAUUUUUUUGAAGGGGCCCUUUAAACCGAUUUCUUCACAGAAAAGAUAAAAAAAUAAUAAUGUACUGAAACACGCCAAUUAUCGUCACUGCCAACAUUUUUUCAAUUACGAGUUCAAGUUUUUUUUUUUUAAAUAUAUGUCUUCCCGUAGACAAAUUUUUACUAUCACUCAACUGUCAAUCGCUUCUAUAAAAUACAGAAUUUAAUUAUUUCUUAAAUAUGCUCAAUUCGAAAUGAUAGUAGUUGUAUAGUAUGAAUCCUGCCCUAGGUUUAAAAACUAAAGAAACAAAAAAAUACGUAAUUGUGUCUCAUACUUUCGACGAUAUCAUAGAUAUCAUUUUUUUUGGAAAACAAUUUUUUUCUCGUGAAGUGUAAAAAAUGGAGAAGUUGUGUUGAGAACGUCCAACAGGGUUUUUACUCGAUCUGACUGUUUUAUAAAAAAAAAUGCUACUGCCAUCUCGAUAAAUAUACAUUUUACUCCGUGAGGAUAGUGAUGACGUUCGUGAUUGAUAGCUAUUGCUGAAAUGUGGCAUUAUUCAUUCCUAUUUAAGCACAGUUGACUAUUGCAUUAUGUUUUCCAUAAUUUAUGUAUUAUUUAUUCGCACUUUUAUAUAGAUUUUUCUUGUUAGCUGAUACGGGUUUUGCUACUGAGUUCCGAGGGAAUUGCAGGAAUUUUCCGGGUAUUCCGAAGAAUUCUGGUAAUGUCUAGGAAUUUCUGAAGUAUGUAGGGCAUUUCUAGAAAUUCCGAAGCAAUACAAGUGAUUUUUAGAAACUGCCAGACAGGUGAAACGAUGAUAAACGUAUCCACGUACAAUUACAGCUGUAUCCCACAUACAGCCGCUGGGUGAUUUUUUAUAUACAGUUUUUACAAUUGCUUAACGCCAUAUAUUAAUUAUUCAUUUAAAAAAUGAUGGUUUCAUCAUUUUCUCGAUCUGAUUCCAAACAAAACAUGUCAAUAGUGACAAUAAUUUGACUAAUAUCAAAAAAACGAGCGAAACUCAAAGAUAGAAAAAUAAUUGACUAUUGAAAGACGGAAAAGCCGCUUGCUUCAGUUGAUUUUGCUUCGUUACUGUAAUUAAUAUAGACGCACAUUGAAAUACACGAGCAAGCAAUCCUACGUCAGGAUAUUAAAUAAUGGAAAACCGCACCGAUGGAGAUGAACCACAAUGGGAAUAAACGAAAAAGUAUUAAAGUAGUAUUACCACAAGACUGAGAAACUAAUGAGGCUGUGGUUUCGUAAUGAAGUGGAAUGAAGAAUUGAAAAUUUCAGCUGAAAUAUUAAAUUUCAAAAGUCUGAGAUUAUUUUAAAAUUUUAAACAAAUAAUUUUUCUUAUUCCCUUCGAUUACAAAAUCAUCAUGAGCGCAUGAAAAAAUUUAUUGAAUCAAUAGAUGAAAAAAAUCAACGGGAACACUUAUCUAUAUCUUUUUAAUAAUUUUUGAUUCGAUUUUACAUUUAAAAAUGUUUACAAAAUAAUUCUCCUGAUGCAUCGAUAGAUGUGAAAAAACAAUCGAGAGCCACGUGAAAUAUUUCAGGUACACGGUACGACCUUAGCAUUAAGACUGGAUGAUCGAAUGUUGUAUUUCGCAUCCGUUUGGAUUCUAAAAAUCCUGGGAUCCCUAGAUUCCAAGGUAUUAAAUGAAAAACGAUCGUAGGCAUGAUUAGUCCAUAAAUUGAAAAUUACUCCUAAAAAUAUUAUAUCGAUAAUUAUAAUGCUACCACCUUAAUUUAUGGUGAUUCCCAAUUAUGUUUCAACGAUUACUGAUGGACGCAUGUCCACAAUCCACUCGUUUUUAAGUUAAAACGGCCUAUUUUUGAAACGUCGCAACGAACAAAAAAAAUGAAAGAUACUGCUGAUGAAUGAUUAAUUGGGAGUCACAUUCAUUCUAAAUGCUAGUCAACAAGUUUAAGUACUAUAGCUAUAAUAUAUUUUUAUCGCGAGUGGGACAACGUAGUACUAAAAAGCCAGAUACAGAUUAUAUGGUUCCAGCACGAAACUCGCUUGGAAAAAGUUUUUUGGUGACAAUUCUUGGGUAGGAAUUCUUUUAAAAAAAACUUCCCGAAAAAUUUCUUUGGGAAAACCGAUGGCUAAAGCAGAAACAACAGUAAGGAAAUGAAUAAUAAACACAGACUAAAAAAAUCCAAAGAAUUUUUUUCGAAAAAAUUUUGUGCGGAGACCGAUUACAAUUAUGAAGUAGAACGAUGGAGAUAAUUAUUCAGCCGAGUUUAAUGAGAAGAUGGAGAGAAAAUGCCCUUUUCCAUCGUCUUGUCGUUUUACUCGACAGAAAAUUAAAUUGGACAAUGCAAUUUCCACACGGAGAGAAAUAUUCAGUAAAAAUUAUUAAACUAUCGACCUAAUAGACAAUAGGGCUUUGUUUUUAGUAACCCGAACCAAUUACCAAAUUAUCACAAAAAGCAAAACAUGGCAAUGUCCAGGCAUUUUUAUGGAGCUCAUAGAUUCCCGUAGAGUUCACGUAUUUUUUUCUGUUAAUUUUUAUUGAAUUUUUCUCGCCGUUCAUCGAUUUACACGAAUGCUAUAGAUUAAUCACAGCUUAUUGCUAGUAUGGGAUUCGAUAAUCGCGUUUGGAGAAUUCUCGAGCUUGAUCAAAUAUAAAGAAUAAUAAAAAAAAGAUAAUCACAAAUUUGAAAGUCCAAUCAUCACGAUGCAGGAGAUUAUGAAGUGUAUACUGGCUUUUAACGAACCAUAUCUUUAAAAUAAUUAAGUACCAAUGAUAUUGGAAUUGAGAGGUCUCGGGGAUGGGAGAAAUUACUGACAUGCGAAAGAAACUCAGUGUCAUGAAUUCUCAGUGAUUCAAGAUAUUGUCGCACCCAUCUGGUAUUUUUUGAACGCCUCGAAUAAUUAUUCAUCAUCUUCAAAUCACCCUCACCUCACUCUUGCAAUUUUCUGCGGAGUGAGAAAAUUUUUUAAGUAAUUUUCCAGAUUCCCCUCUCCUCUCUUGGCCGAGAUUUCAUUUCAUUUCAACAGUUUUUCUCAACCCUCGAGAUCUCUUAAUGAAGUAAUUGAUCCGGAAUUGUCCGGUUACCGUAGAUUUCAUGUAAAUAUUCGUGAGUAGCAAUUUUUCGAUUUUUUAAAAAUUUAUCCUCUCGUUUUAAGGGAUCGAUGCCAACUGAUUUUUCAUUGUUGUAAAUAAAUAAAAAAAUGAACUGUAUAAUUUUGAUGAUUCUUAAGCGUCUGUUGCGAGAAGCGAUUGUGUGAAAGUCUCUCAUUUGCUCGGUGAAUUGAUAAGAGUCGAUUGUAAUUGAACGAGUGAAUUCCCUAUUUAUUUAUCAAAUUAUUUGCACGAUCGCUUCUUAACAUUUGCUCAUACUAUUGUAUUAGAUUCGGGAGCAUCGCAGAUGCUCCCAAUUCGACUUCUAAGAGCCAUACCAAAAUAUUUAUUUCAAUUCAUUAGAUUUAUUGAAUUGAAUGACGAUCAUGUUCUCCAAUCAUGCAAGCACAAUAACGUUAUAAAGUGAAUGAGAAAGAGAGAUGUUUUAUUAAAUUAUUUCUGAGUGAAACACACUGCGUGUAGAGUUACGAAAUGUCAAGGGAAUUGUAGUGAAUGAAAUUUUUUGGUUAUUAAUACAGAGUAGAAGAAAUAAACAUCGA